AUGACUCGAAAUGGCCCUGUCUCGGGAGAUCCCAAGCGGGAUCCCAACAUGCCCGAUGAGGCGUUUCAGGCACCGUCUUUAACAAAUGACAAUGCCGAAGCCGGUCGACAAACCACAAACAAGCAGUCUGCUAAGGCUCCCUUGACACCUGAAAUCAGCGACGCACAAGCGACUCUUCGUCAAGCGUUCCCCCACGUUUACUCCUCGAGAGUCCCCUCGGCCCGCUCGUCCACCAGCUCCCUACAAGCCCUUAACGAAGACAUAGUUGUUGAUGCCCGGUCGGAAAAUGGCAGUAUUGGACGGAGUCCUCGGAGGGCAUCUCGCCAGUCGGACACUCAACCUGAAUACCCUGUCUAUCCUGACCAAUCCUAUGCCUCGCUACAGUCUCAAAUACAUCCGACCUGGCAAGCACCGCAUCUACGAACGCGAAGUUCCUGCCCGUCACAGACCGAAUCAGUUCCUCGGAUUCAUCCUCGUGCUGCUCGCACGGCCGGCAACACCCCGGUAUCGAGUCCAGGACUCUUCUCGAUGAGAAGCCCUCGCAACACCCCACCUAAUGCUUCCGAUGAGGAGGGCUCACUCGGCAGCCCCUACCUUCACCCUACGCACCUGCAGCCGCCAAAGGAAACACAUACUGUCGAAGUGGAACGAGAUAUUAUCACUGGGAACAAGCUUGUCAACCAGUACGAAAUUCUCGAGGAGCUUGGGCGGGGCGAACAUGGCAAAGUGAAGCUGGGAAGACACGUUACCACCAAGCAAAAGGUGGCCAUCAAGAUUGUCCAACGGUACUCCAAGCGCCGCCGAUUAGGCAAGCUGGGCAACCCAGAGGACAAAGUCAAGAAAGAGGUCGCUAUUCUCAAAAAGGCACGGCAUCCCAAUGUCGUUAGUUUGCUCGAGGUCAUCGAUGACCCGAAUCAACAAAAGGUCUACAUAGUGUUGGAGUAUGUCGAGAACGGUGAGAUUGUUUGGCGGAAGAAGGGAUUACGAGAAAUCGUCCACGUCGACAAGAUACGGCUUGACCGCGAGAAGGCUGGAAUCCCUGAUACCCCGGCCUUCUUGCAGGAGAGCCAACAAUUCAUCCGGACGGCUCAACAUCUACGUCGGCAACGAGAAAAGGCACGAGCGCGGGUCGAAGCGCAGGCCGCGGACGCCCAACAAGGACCGAUUCCCGGCUGGAGUUUGGAACAUGGUGCCGAGUCAUCAGACGAGGAAGAAGACGAAGGUUUAGGGCUGGCUAUCCGGAGAUCGUCCAUCCGCUCUGCUGCGGUCACCGAUGAUACCUUUCCUAGUCAAUCCUCUUCCCAGGAUGAACUCGCCGCCAUCGAGGGUAGUAUGUACGGUGCCUACACCGAUUAUCCUUUUGAGCGGCGGUUCAGUACAGCUUCCAGCAGCUUUGGUUAUCCUCCAUCCGAGCCGGAGUGGUCUGCAGAUGGGGACGACUUGUCGUAUGUCCCUUGUUUGACUAUCGCCGAAGCGCGUAACGCAUUCCGAGAUUCCGUCCUCGGACUGGAGUAUCUCCACUACCAGGGUAUUAUUCACCGGGACAUCAAGCCGGCGAACCUGCUAGUUACCGGCAGCCAUCGCGUCAAGAUCUCUGACUUUGGUGUUUCGUACUUGGGACGGCCCAUGCGUGACGAAGAAGAAGAGCAAUUGGAAGCGACUGAUGCGACCGAGCUGGAUGAUGCCCGUGAGUUGUCCAAGACAGUUGGCACUCCUGCUUUCUACGCCCCCGAACUCUGCUACACCGGCGACGACUUUGUUGAAACCAUUGGUUCUAUUCCUAAGAUCACUGGUGCCAUCGAUGUGUGGUCUCUGGGAGUCACAUUGUACGGGAUGGUCUUUGGCCGUCUUCCCUUUGUAUCAGAUGAUGAAUACAGCAUGUUCCAGACCAUUGUCAAGAAAGAGGUCUUCAUCCCGCGCAAGCGCCUUGUGCCUGUGAAGGAUGAGACUACCGACGGGCUCCAGAGGUUCUGUCGUGACGCCGGUGAGCUCGUAUACGAGGACAUUGAUGACGAGCUGUACGACCUACUGCGACGAUUGUUGACGAAGGACCCGGUCAGGCGCAUCACAUUGAAAGAGAUCAAGCAUCACCCUUGGACUUUGUACGGUCUGCCCAACCCCCGUGCCUGGGUGGAAGAGUCAGAUCCCGGUUUUCAAAGCAAGGGCAAGAGGAUCGAGGUUUCGAACGAGGAGGUUACCAGUGCUGUCAGCAAGGUGCCUUUCAUUCAGCGUGUCCGAUCCAACGUUGCCAAGUGGUUCUCUGGUCGUUCCUCGAAGGACAAGGAACCUCGCAAGCGUACCUCGACGAAUUCCUCGGACACUUUGUCUUCGAUGUCCAGCUCCAGUACUUUUGGAAAAGCUUCGCGCGACAGUCGUCGAUCCAGUUUACGAGGGGACGAGGAUAUCUUACGGUCGUCCAAGAUUGGAUCCGGCGAACAUCCGCUGGCCCAGAGUGUCACUGCUAGCCCGGUAGACGAGCAAAGCUGGACUACAUCCUACUUCCCUAGCUUACCGGUGGUCGAGACCACGCCUGUCCCCGCUCCCGUUCCUGUCCCGACUGUGACACGACCGGUUCCACGACGUGCGAAGUCUUCGAUGUCCACCGCAGAAUCUACCAAGACCGUGAAGCAGUCCAGCUUCGAUUCGCACAGCACUGUGCGCCCCCGAACGGGUACACCUUCGAUCCUUGAAGCCUUAGGGACAACCAGCAUCGGCAGUAUUUUCAGCGGUGCGACCAAGCGUGCAUCGGGUGCAUUCGGUUCAAGUCGCAGCCGACGUACCUCGCCAAGUGGUGAGACAGCUUCUCUGGAUGGAGACCAUCGCUCUGUGCCCAGUCUCGCUGUGAGCAAUGCCUCCGCUGUUGGCCACCUACGAACAACUGGUCUAUGGCAGGCUGCAAUUCCUUCGCCUGCCACCACCUCAUUGUCAGGAUCUGCUCACCGACGCAAUCGGUCCCAUCAACUUGCAGGCAAAUCCUCUGCGGAAUCCUUCAACCUCACCCGGGAGGCGCUCCUGCGCCGUCGGAGGAGUGACAUCGAGCCCAGUGCCGAUGAUGCUUUGGCUCCGAGAGUCGCAAGUGAAAGUGCCAUGUACUCAACGGAUUCCCUAUACUUGCCAUCACUAGCUCCACCCCCGGAGCCUGCACAUCCCGCCGACAAUCCCAGCAGUGGCCUGAUCAACCCAACCCCUUCUGCCGCCACCAUCUCUUCCUCCUCUGCCGACGACUUCACCAGCGGCAUGUCCCAGAGCGCUUCACAUCCCAGCAUCCCGUCUGUUGUCUCCGGGGCCUCUUCGCUUUCCGGCGAUGGCCUCUACCUCAAUGACAAAGACUCGAACGUGCCAUCUAUCCUACGAAACUCCAACGUACCAUCUAUCCUACGAACCGGAGAGACCGUAAAAGCCCACCGCCUGGGCUCGCUGCGGCCCGAGGAAGACGAAUCAAGGUACUACUGCGAUGACGAAGACGAGGACGAGUCCGAAGAAGAGAUUCUUGUGAUCGGCAAGAAGAAAGCGGCUCCCGACAACAAGGCCAAGCCCACUCUCCGAACAUCAGGCUGA